GCCGCCCCGCUCGUGUGAAGGGCCGCCUCCCAUCCCCGCCCCUCGCAUGGGUGUGCCCCGCUGACACCCCGUGUUCCCCGUGCUGUCAAGGCGAGCCUGGUGAGCCAGUGAGCUGCUGCAGCUUUGUGAGCAAGUGUGAGAGCAGCUGGGACAGGGAAGUUGACCAGCUUGGCUGAAAUCUGUAUUUGCAGAGAACUUGUGUCAUUAAAAAAACCUGACAUAACAGCACUGGAAAGUCUGCAAGAGUCAGAAUGUUGGAGCAAGACGGGAAGGAAGUUGGAUCCCCAGAGCAUAUGCAACUACACUGACCAAGAUACAUCCAUUUCUCUGUCAUCACAGUUAAGUCUUUCUGAAAUUCCAUCAUCAUUUAACACAUCACCAUGUUGGCUCACACUAGUAUAUUUUUAGCCCUACCAAAUGAUUUGAUCAGAGAAGCAAAGGAAGCAUAGAAAAGCUUUGUGGGUGUGCCCAGUACUCUCUAAAGUGAACUAGACUACAGUAAGUGUUUCUGUCAUCUUCAGAUGUGUGCAGUGUGGGUAGAAAAGGUUACAGGAAUAGUAAUAAUUUACCUGCAAGAUGAAUUAGUUAUUAGAAUAUGCCUGAAAAGUCUUGGAUGCAGUUGUAUGUAGGAGACUCUAUAGAGGGAAGGCCUGGGAAACACAUGAACAGUGCUUAGUCCUGAAGAAAUAACCAAAUGCACAGACCAGGAUGAAAAGGAGAUCAUAGUAUUUUAGCCUUUUUAGAGAACAUUAACUUACCCUAGACAGCUAAGCCAGCAUGAGUCCAUCCCCAGUGGAGCUGUGUUUCCUUUAACUACUGUUGUCUAAAGUUAAACACAAUAGCCUUGACAUAUAAGGCCAUAAUGUCUCCAGUGAACAGCAAAGGACUUUGAACACUUUUUGUCCCCAGUGACCAAUACUGAGUCUGAAAGAAAAAAAGAUAAAGCCACUUUAUGUAAUUUAUCAUCAGUAUUGUAUUUCUAUUCAAAAUACGCAUUAGAAAUGUCUGCUGCUUCUUAAAGAAACAGAAUAUAAGCAGGAAAUAUUUAUUGAUUUACUGGGAGGGGAGAGGUUUCCUCCUAUAAAACCUUAGUAAGGAAAGAAAAGUAUUUUAAAAUUUAGCUUUUGAAAUGAACAGCAGAUACCUACAAGAACAACAUAUCUAUUGUGCAGCUGACAGUACAGGAAUAACCAAGUAAUUUUUAUCAUCUGGUAUCUGUACAUAAAGGAAUAGUACUGUCACUAGAGAACUUCUCAGAGUGUUUGUGGAGGAGGCACAGCCUUUACAGGUUAUGUGCAUACUGGUACAACAAGUUAUGCUAAACACGUUAUUCCUUCCUCCUGCUAGAAUGCAGUCACUUUGGAUUUUUACCUAAGGAGAUCAGGCUUGCAAAACGUUUUGGUUUUUUCUACUUCUGUUCUUUUUUUCCUUCUUUCUGUCUUUUGACAGAUUCCUUCCUGCCCCUAAUAAAUGUUGAACACACUUCUCAAAUUUCAUUGCAACUGGCUGAAGGAAGCAAGUCUCAAACAAGUUUGCUGCCAUGUCCUUCAUGCAGCCUUUUGCAGAGCAGAGAGAUGAACAUCUCCAUCCUUCUGGGUGCGAGCCUUCAGCUCACUCUGAACAGGAAGCUUUUGUUUGAUUUGCUGGCUGGAUAAUCAGAACAUGCAGCUCAAAGUCAGCUGGAGUGUGCACACCCUCAUGCCCUGGCCUCGGGGUGAAAACAUGAAGCAGUAGAACUACUGUGUGGGAGGAAAGCUAAGGAAUCAGGAGCGGGCAAGGAACAUGAGACAGGAGUAAGGAUAUUUUGACAGUGAUGCACAGGGCACAAAUAUCUCAACUCCAUAAGAAACGAGGCUUCUCAGUUCAGCAGCCCCCAAGACCGUGAAUUUCUGCUGUGCCUGCACAUUGUGCAAGUAUCUAAAUAUCACCUGCCUAGCUGGUCCUGCCUCUCACACUCCUGUUUAUGAAAAGCAGGAGCUGUACUUGAUCUCAGGCAAAGCACAACAAAAUAUUAUCCCCAUUCCCUUGCACAAAUGCUCAGUGCCAUCAAGGCUGUCAGAGUGGAUAGCAAAGGGGAAAGGUGCUUUGGCAACAGAAAAUACUCAAAUCUGAACAGCUGGGCUGAACCUUCACUAAAGGUUAGAUAAAUCCUCACCACAAGAUUUUUUUCUGGUUAUAGUUUUUAAGUCCUAUCCUAUUAUUGUACAGGCUGAAUAAUUUCAUAAGUUACUAUUUUUCUGAGCAUUUCAGGUUGCAGUUGGGUUACUGCACAAGCAGUCUUGUCCCCACAUGUUAAUCUCUGUUUUCCCUCCCUGCUAUGCUGACAUAGUCAUAUGGUGUGGGGAGCUGAUGAGAUAAAGUGACUUGGCCAAGAAAUAAUCCACAAUAAGAUUGUUUUUUCAGCCAGAUCUGUCUCCCUUAUGCUCAUGCACAGCAGGACACAGCACCAUGAUAAGAAUGGAGUAGUCAGGAAUGACAGGCUUCCACUGUUGUUCUGUGCCACAGCCCUCAGAUCACUUGAGGCUCUUCCCACUCAGUCUUUUGGGUCCAACAGAAGCGGUUUUAAAGAACUAAUGUUUAAGGAUGAAAGUCAAGUGUUCCCUGAAGAGUGUGCAAGUGACUAAAGUGAGAGCAGGGAAGCCUGUACAGAAAUCACACAAAAAAUUACACAAAAUUUCAGUUACUUAACUGUUUAUUCCCAAAGAAGAGGCACUCUGGCCCAUUCUUUUUCAUUUAUUAUCCCAAAUUGUUCUGCUGGCUGAAACACCAUCUGAAAUGUAGUACUGGGUGCAAUGGGACAUGUUUCUGCUGAUGUUGCUCAAUAGUCACUUUCCCAUUUGCUCACUGACACAGAAGUGGAAAAAAAUAUUUUUUUUCCUCACAAAUUCUGCAACUCUAAUCCUGAGAAGAACAUAGUAAUGGACCUCUUAGGAAUGUAUGCUCUCUGUCCCACCCCUAGUACUUUCACACACCCUUCUUUCUCUGUUCUGUUUCAGGAUUUGUUGUUUUUCCAAUGCAUCAACUUUUGAAGGCAUGAGAGCAUUUAAGUGGAAGAUUUUUCUUAGACCUACAAGAGGUCAGAGCCCAAAUACAUGGACUUGCAUUUCCUGGAGCUGCAGGCACAAAACUACGAAGUUUUUAUAAUGAAAGACGGAAAACUUUAUGUGAGGUAUAUUUCAGGUGACUGUAGUUAAUUAGGUAUUACGGUCACAGGGCUCAAAAGUGUGUGUAGAACAGGGAAGUGGAACAUGGAGAGGAGGAGGACAGGUGGGGGAGGGGAAUAAACACGUCAGUGGGAGUUUUGGAUCAGUUUGGUAAAAUGUUUGAAUCCUGAACAGCCUGACACAAAUUUGGUGUAGCUAACGAGACUCCUCGCUUGACCUAUGAGGAAGUUACAGACUGAGACAGUGAAAGUUUCGUGUUUCCACCUGUGACGCUUGACACGCACAUAAAGAACCAGCCGGUGACUCGUAACAUUGACUUUCCACUCGAGCUUGUGGGGUCCCGGUGAUCUUCCCCGCCCCAGAGUGAGGCAGGAGGUCCAGAGCAUCUACCAGGUCCCGGCUGGGGAGGGCGAUGCGGGUGCCGGCGGGGACACUCGGCAGAGGGGACAGAGGUUGACACCCGGCAGAGAUUACUCCUGGUUGGGGACGGGCUGCGGGAACUGCGCUGCCCAUGCGGGAGUCCCGCCGAUGGCGAUGGAGCAUUCGGGGACCGCCGAGCAGGAAUGAGCAGCUCCGGCUGCGCUGCCGUCUCCACACCGGGCAUCCUCCCGGGGCUCGGGCAACUCGCCUUUUGCUCCUGAACCUGCAUUCACUGGGCCAGUCCCGUCCCCGGUUUUCGGUAACCCGCUGCGGCCAUCUCCCCUUCCCCUCCUUUAAGCGUCCCUGUGCCGGCGGAGUCACAUGUUUGGUCUUUGAUGCCUUUAAUCCCACCCUCACCGCGCGAGAGGGAGGAGAGAAAUUCGCGGAAAAGCAGUGAGCCACCAGCCCAGUGCCAAGAUAGCGGCGAGAGCGGAGCUGCGAGCUGGAGGGAGGCGGGAGCGGCGAUACGGGGCUGCUCCCUGCGGAUCGGAAAGGGAAGAAGAUGAAAAUGACUGUACCAACAGUUUCUGAAAACAGAGUGGCUUCUGUGAAGUCAGAACCAUCCUAAAGGAUAGAAAACAGCCUGAACAGAAACUCUGAUUCAAAUCCUGUGGAUAAGAUGAAACUUCACCUCUGCAGAAGCUUGGACAACUUGUGCAGGUUUGGCAGCCACUGCCCCAGUGAUAUCUUGCUAUCCAGGGAGGAGCAUGCACUGGAACUGAAGGAUUGAGGGAUGAACAGCACAGGAGUGCCCUCCUUCUGCAGCAGUUAUGUUACACCAAGCCUGGCAGCUCUGUGGGAGGUGGUGCCGCUGGUCCAGCUCUGUUGUCCAUCUUAUCAUGCUGACUGUGAUGACGUUCGGGGUGGUUGCCCCUUUGAUUUGCCACCGGCUCCUCCACUCCUAUUUCUAUUUGCGGCGCUGGCACCUGAACCCCAUGAGCCAGGAGUUCCUGGAGCACAACCAGCAGGAGGGACAGGAUGCCCUCCAUUACUUUGAGAAGAUGCAGAUACCAAAUGCCUCUGAGGCCUCUGGCAGUGAUGCCUUCCAGCCCUUGCUGCUGAUCACCAUUAUCACUGUGCAGAGGCGGUAUGAUUUCCACUACGUCCUGCAAGUGGCCUCCCGCUUCCACCGCCUCCUCCAGGAAUGUGGUGCACACUGCCGGAGCCACCGCGUGCUCCUCUGCAACGUGGAGUCAGACCCCAGUAGCCAUCAGGAUGUCAGAUUGCUGAGCAGCUUCUUUCCUAUGGUCAGUCGUGACAGAACUGGAGAGAACCCUGACCCCAGAGUGAACCAGUUUGAGAAGGAGAAACAGGACUAUGUCUUCUGCCUUGAGCAGUCCCUGUUAUCAUACAACCCACAGUACAUCCUUAUAGUGGAAGAUGAUGCUGUGCCAGAGAAAGAGAUAUUCUCUGUCCUGCAGCACCUCUUCUUGGCCCGGUUCUCCAAACCAUAUCUCAGAGAUGCUCUUUACUUCAAGCUCUACCAUCCUGAGCGGCUCCAGCACUACUUCAACCCGGAGCCCAUGAGGAUCCUGGAGUGGUUGGGCCUGGGCAUGUUGCUGGGGCCGGUGCUGAGCUGUGUGUACUCAUGGGCACUGGGGCGGCCCAGCCCCAGCUGGCUGCUCGUGCUGUUCUUUGCUCUGUACAGCAUGGCCCUGUCGGAGCUGGUGGGGCGGCACUACCUGCUGGAGCUGCGCCGCCUGCACCCCGCGCUCUACAACGUGGUGCCAGUCACCGAGUGCUGCACCCCAGCUAUGCUCUUCCCGGCUCCCUCUGCCCGGCGUGCCUUAGGUUACCUGCAGGGGCUGCACUGCCGGCAGGGAUUUGCUAAGGACACUGCCCUCUACUCCCUGCUGUGGGCCAAGGGGGAGAACGCCUAUGUGGUGGAACCCAAUCUGGUCCGGCAUGUGGGAAUGUAUUCCAGCCUCCGGCUGAACAGCAGCCCGAAGCUGCUGUGAUCUGUGCAUGCCUUUCCAGACGCAAAAGCCAGGGAACUUGCCACCGGGCAGAAGGGAAGUGUGCAAACUGGGAUAUUGUGCUGCUUGCACCGGGCUUCCUGUGCCUCCAAAUGGACAAAGAAUAACUCUCUUUAAAAAAAACCAAAACACAAAGGUCCUUAAGAAAAUCAGCUUAUAUACAUAUAGAUCCUAUUUAAUAUAUACCAUGCAUCACCUGGGAGGGGAGUGGAUGAUCCCAGCAGAAGGUGUGGGUUGCCCACUCUCCUUAACUGUUCUUAAAGAAAAGCUCUCACACCAACAUGCACAGCUAUCCUGCCUACUCUUCUGUACACUGAUUACAAAAUUUGCCUUAGGGCAACAGAAAUGUGGGACAAAAUGAAUGUUUUAAAUUUAAGCUAAUGAGGAAGGGCAGGCCUUAUUUCCUCAUCCUUACUAAGGUCUGAUCUCUGACCUCUGUCUGUUUCAAAGCUGUGGUUUUGAGCAGACCCUUCAAAAGCAGAGGUGGUUUACGGGAACUUCCCCGCAAAUUCUGUCUGGAUGCUUAUAGUUUUAUGAAGCCUCUAUUAGUUACUGUUUCCCCCUGCAGAUCCUAUCUGCACCUCCACCCUUCCCAUUCUUUUUGUUCAGACCAGAGGCUCUUAAAAAUAAAGCCUCUGCUGCUCCAUUAAUUGUCAACUCUGAGGGUAGGAAUAGGAAAACAGAAUCGCAUCCAUUGGUGUUGCACAGACGGGUCACAAAUGCACAUUUUCGUUGAUACACGACAGAUGUUAAUACACAUAACAGGAUUGAUUCCUGUGCUGGUUGGUUUCAUCACUAGUUGUAGUGAAUCUAGCUCAUUAAAGGAGGUCUUAUCAGUCACUGAUUGAACUUAGGUAUUCAAGAUUAAUUUACCUUGCCUUCCUACCAGCACAGAGGCAAAGGAAAGAUUAGAUCAGGUGCUGCUGUUGUGCAGGAUCCUUGUUCAUUUUGGAGCUGUAAUUCCCAUCUCGGCCUGAGUGGUGCAUUCACUGCUCCUGGCAGGAAGCAAAACACCUGCUAUCUGUUAUCUCUUCACAAAGACAGUUACCAAUAGCACAGUACAUCAAGAGGCCACUCUAAUAGUGACCCAUUAACUUUGUGUGCCCUGGUUGUUAGGCAUUUGGAUAGGUACUUUGUACCAGGGAGGUGGGCAUGGUUAAAUAUAAAACCAUGCAAGUGACAAAAGAUCUCAUACAGAUUGAAAACAGGCAAAAACUGUUUAUAUCUAAUGAAAAGCCCACCUUGGCUAUAGUGGGCUUUGAAUCAAAUUCCACUUAUAUGUGGAAUUUGGUUGAACUGCUUUUAAAACCUCAUUCCUAGCUUUAGAGUGAACCACAGACAAUAUUUUUGUUGAGUUUAGUUGUUUGGGUUUUUUUAUUUUGGUGAUGGAAGAGCUCUGCUUUGAAUUUUCUUCCUGCAGGUCUCUCCUAGGUGAUUUAUGCCUUAACAGGUCUGCUUAUAGGUGUGAAAGACUUAAAACUCCUGAGAAAUGAAACCAAAGAAAAUAUCUGUCAGGACACUGUGGGUACCAGUUACAUAACACAAACACAUAGUGCAGGUUAGCACAGAAAUGGCAUCAGAGCAGUGCUUUGCUCUCCCAAUAAUCAGAUGGAAUACUUUUAGGACAGCUUUGGAAAUCAGAGGUAAGUAAAAACUGCUGGUGGAUUUCAUGUCAUUCCAAAGGCAAAGCACCUCUCCUGCCAGAGGACGCUGGAAAAAUGGCACAGGCAAAAUUUCCAACUGCUGAAAACCCCGAGGAUACCAAGGCAGAUGGGCAAACCUCUUCUCAGGCUUUACACAGGGUCAGGAUGACAGGAUUUGAGUGUUGUCGUGUAUUUAUUUCACUAAGUGCCUGCAUAUGCAACUUGUUUCUGCAUCUUCAGCUUUGAAUGUUUCACUGCUGACACUCUUUUUCUCUUCACUCUUUUAUAUCUUUAUGCUAUACAAAUCCAGGACAGUGCCCUGUUUUUUUCAUGAGGGCCCAUUCAUAUUCAUUCUUGCAAAGAUCUCACAGUAAUGUACAAUAAAUGGGUCAGGGAAUGAAAAAAGGAGGAGGGAAAAGAAACCAAUUAACUAUAUACAGUUACUAAAUGUUUUCAUAUGGAGAAAUUAUUUAUCCAUUUGUCUCAAAAGUUAUUUUCCUUGUUUGUCCGGUAGUACUUUGUCAUCCCAAAAGUCCAGGGGAGGUCAAUAAUUUCACUGAGCCUCAGAGCUGAAAAUUGAGAACACAAAUUUGAGGCAUCCCUUCUAAACAAGAAGACAAUUUUCAGGUCAUAAGAGAUGAGAGAAGUUGACUGGGAGACCAAACAAUAUGCAGAGGGCCUGGGGCUUGAACUUGCAAGUGUGAGAGUUUCAGAUAAACCAGUUGAGAACAAACUCCUUUGCGCAAGAAGCAGGUUAAUUCUUUAUAGCCUUCUGGAAUGAUUUUCUUAAGUGCACAACUCACCUUCACAACAGAGGCGCUGCUUUUACUGAGCCUGCUGGGAGCUGUUUCUGAGUUACCGGUACUUGGGCAGUGCCCACCCUGCCAGUGGGGCAUCUCAGGUAAGGGCUCCAUCUGGUGCUGCUGCCUUUGACCUAUCACAGGUAGAGUGAUUUUUGUUCCUCUUUUCUGUGCCACAAGUCAGAGAAGUGUACAUCACCCUCAGAACAGAAAAUGGGAGGUUACUGUGAAUUCUUAAUUCCUGCUGGAUUUUGUUCUGCAGUUCAGGCGAAAAAUGCAGUUUCAAACACACAAAAGCCUUUUCCCUCUCUUUUCUACCAGGGGAGAGUGGAGCUGAGUUGCUGUAUCACAGGCUAUAUAAGUUCAAAGCAUAGCAUUAGCUUUUUGAAAUGUGGCCUUAAGAUUUUGGGUUCAUUCACUUUAAAACAGACUUAGUGACUGUUUUUUAAACAAACUGUCAUUUUUCUUGGGUGUUGGUUUAUUCCCAAUAGUUUGGAGACUAUUUUUGAACACAGCUACUACUGCUUCCACCAGAGGAUUCUUUCUUGAUGGGUCAGCAGCAGGACUCAAGGCUUUAUUGUCCAAGACAAGUUAUUAAAUUAGACCAAAACUGCAUUUGUUUCCAAGACAUGUCCAACAUAAGCAUGAUUCUGGCAGAAUACAGGACAUAAAAUAACAGGUCUCUCUAUUAGAUUAGAAGCUCAAGAGGAUUUUCUAGCUGCAUUGAGAAUCAGUGUCUUAGUGAGAAGACACUGCAUUUGAAAAGAGAAGGGAAAAGCCUUCCUUCCAGAGGUGAGGAGCUGUGAAUCACUAGAUUGGGUAUUUCAACAGCAAUUUGUCUGGAUGCAGGCUAAUUUUUUUUUUUUUUAAUAGUUAUUUACAAGCAAACUUUCAACAAAAUAAACAACCUUUCUAGUAAAACUCUGUUGUCCUUUCUGUUUGUAUUCCUGACUGACAGAUCCAUCUUUCCUUACCAAAUUUGACAAAGAAAGAUACUUCCAUGUUCAUGCAUCUGCACAGAUGUAAUAAUUUUGAUUCUACAGCCACACAGGUUGAAAAGGACCUAUGAAGGUCCAUGGUCCAAUUCCACACUCAAAGCAGGUCUUAUUAGAGCAGAGUCCUCAUGCUCUUCUCCAAUCGAGUACUGAGGCAUUUUAGCAGGGACUUGAGAUAAAAUCGAGCUCUGAGAGCUGGAAUUUAACCUUAGCUUACAUUUGUAUGGAGAGGGUACAUAUUUCACAAAAUAAGAAAGGUAAUUUUCUGUGGGAGACAGUUGUAGCUACAAAGGCAUUGGCAGUUUCUCUCCCAAAGGCAGAGUUUUGUUUUGUGUUAUUUCCACACCAGCUUUGCAGACAUCGUAUCCAAAUUCAGCAGAUGGCAGGGCCCAACCUGUGGUUCUGAAUAAUCUUCAGUAAAACACAUCUGCAAAAAAUGUAGAGAGAAUUAGGUACUCUAUGGUCUGUGCUUUCUCACUACAUGUGUCUCUGUGCUGAAGAAACUUCAUUCCCUCAGAGUGUCUGUCCUCCGGGAGAAUCCACCCCAUCAGCCACUUUAUCCAUGCACUUACAGGCCAAGCAACAUCAAUGUCCCUUUCCACAACUUUGUUCUUCAUGGCAAGCUAUGAAUGCCACUUUUGCAGCUGUAUAACAACAGUGAUUUUUAAAUGUUGAUGAUGAAAAAUAAGACUUAUAUUUUAUUGCCCUGUUACAUAAACCUCUGGACAGCUGUGCCUACCUUCCCUUUGAAUUUCUGCCACAGUAUCCAGUGUUCCUGUAGCGGUGCAGAAACCACAUCUACCAUGGUCUUUUCAGCAGGCUGAUUCAUUCCAGACAUCUCUUGGGGUUUGUGUUUUGCAAACUGUAUGCGAAUAUUAACAUGCAGCACCUGAUUGUGCUUUUUGGGGGGGACUGUGUGCUGACUAGAGAAACAGGUAAUAAACAGUUAAGUGUCUCCUUCUGCAGAAGCUAGUUGUUUGCCUACUUACUUUUUCAGAAACAAAAGUCAACAGAAAAGCACAGAGACCAGUGUCAUCACAGCACUUACCUUCAUGUCCUGUUACAGGUGGUUUGCAAAGCCCUGAAACGUUGCCUCAGGCAGCCCGAUUUAAAGUCGUAUCAUGGUUUGCUAUGCUCACUAUUGAAAUUAUUACAAAGAUUUGGGUUCUGAUAACAGUGAUGUUGUGUGCUUGCCUAUUUUUCAUUCCAAGUCAUGGUGUUCAUUGCAGCCUAGCUUUAAGUCACACAGAACGAAGAGGAAAGCAAAGCCUCCCUUGUUCAAUCCCCUUGGUGGGCUCUGUGGGCAUGAUUCUGUUCUGCCCAGCAACCCCAUAUGCCCAUGAUGUUCAUGUCUGUGGAGCCAAAAAUACAGGGGAAUUUCUUUCGGAGGGGUUAAGCCAGGCUCUCCACAUUGGGGGUGAAGGCUGUAGGCGAGUGGGGAAAACAAACUACUUAAUAAACAAUACCUCUGAUUAGAUAGGGAUGAACAAGCUGGACUUUGAGAUAGUUGAGCAAGACUGCAGAGUACAGAAAACAGGAAACAUCCAGCACAGUGUGGAGAAGUGGGCAGGAGACAGACUCAGCUUGGAUUAGACUUUAACCCCAUCACGCAGGCAGCAGCCUCUCGGGGCCACAGAGCCAGGUGUUUUUCAUGUGGAUGCAUAUGAUUCUUGGACAUGCUUCCAGCUCCCACUGUUUUUUUCCAUUCCAUUUCAAUACCUUUUACAGGUCUGACCAUGUCCAAAAGUGUUGAUAAAGUUAAAUAGUAUUUCAUUUACAGAGGGAAGCUUUAAGCUUUUAAUUUUUCUCUUGGUGACCAUGUCAUUUCUGAAAUUGCUUCAUCCAUUUCUUUCAUUGUUCUUUCUCAGAUAUACUAGUUUGCCUCUCUUCCCAUUUGCCUAUUAUUUGUUUUUAAAAUGCUAGUUAAUUUGAGUAAUUAAACGCAAAAACAGUAUCAGAAUUAUUCUGGUAGAACCAGACAGAAAAAAACACAAUCUCCAACCUGGAAGAAUAUAAGCAAUUCAAAACUUUUUACCUGUUGCCUUUAAACCAGACUUUCCAUUGAUUUUAAUGUACUUUAUCCAGCAAGACUUCACUCAAAAUUUCAGUGCAGAACUGGCAGAUCCUUUGACAGCAAGGCUGGAUGUAAAAAGGAUGGCAAUUAAAUUAACUUCUACUAUGAAAACCUGGUACUUGCAUUGUCAAACUCCAGAAAGCAAACCAACAAAUUAAAGACCUAAGUAAUAGCCCAAGCCAUCUGUGAAUACAGCUUUUGGUAUUCUUUAACAUUUUAAAUGCAUACUUCUGCCAACUUUCGUAUGGUGAUUUCAUAUGGAAAAGUCAACACCAGCAAAAUUUCCAAGCCAUUCAAACAGAAAAUACACUUAUGUUCUGCCAUAGCUGUGAGAGAAAAUGCCAGACAUUUGUGUUUUAACUUUAGCAGUCUCUUUUAUACCUAACUACUAUUUUCUGUUUCAUGCUAUAAAAGGCACAACAAUGAACAUUUAAGCUCUUACUAGUUAUGCAUCUUGUUUGCAGUGAUGUUUCAAACACAGAUUUGAACAAGCUGUAAGGUUUUUUAUAUUGCAAGACAGUUUAUAUCAGCUUUCUCAUGAACACAUAAAAAAGCUAUAAUCUGUGCAGAAACUCCUCAGUCGCUGUAUUUGGUUAGGUACGUGUAUUUGGGGAUGAGGAACCCCAGGGAUGCAUAGAAGACAUGGUCCUUCCUCUGAAACUGAACUCCCACUGGCAACCCUGCAAACUGCAAAAGACAAACCCAAGGUACCACCACAAUGGGUGGCAACAUAAACAGCAAUGAAUGCUACAAAAUGUAUUUGUUUCACACUAUUAAGGAGCCACUUUGUCACAAAGUGGUUACCUGGACCCCUCAACAUUUGUCUGCAUGGCAUCUGCCUCUCUUUGCCUCUUGUUUCCUUGGUGUUCAUGGCCACAAAUCCAGUCUCUGUUCCCAUAAUGUCUGGGUAUAGCCCCCUCUACUCACACCAGCAGACAGCCUUUGUCCAGCCACAGCCCUAGGGCUGCACCACCUUAGUCUGAAAAAGGCUUAAGCAGAAAAAGAAGCCAUUAAAAAAAUCAGUUGAGUCACUGGAAAGGUGAGUGAACUGGCAAUACUGAGUUUAAUCAUGAACUCCAUGACACAGGCUUGCAACUUGGAUAAUACACCAUUUUUUUUCACAGAAUGAUUAUUGCAGGCAAUGAUUUGUACUUUUUAUGAACCAGGUUAGUUGUUUGGUUAAAUGCAAGUACGCUGCAUUCCCCUCACGACGCAAGCUUAUUCCUCUUAUCAUUUAAGGAUACACAAUACCACUAUAACCUAAUUUUUAGAGCUACAAAUAUUGUAUGAUUACUUAUGAUGAAAGUAUGUACUCUUUUCCAUUUUAAUAUCACUGCAAUUUCUGGUCACUGUCAUGGGUCUGCAUGCUAACAGGACCAAACCUUACAGUGACAUCAUCCAGCAUAAUUCCUCAUUCUUGCCUGAAAAGGCUCCCAUUCCUAAACUAAGUGGAAAAGUUAACCAUCAUGUCCACUCACCUUUUUAUCUCCUCACUCCUCAAAAUCUCUGCUAGGACCUGUAAUCCUAGUGCUUGGAGUGCUGAGUGUUGGCUCAGAAGGUCUAGAAAGGCACAUAUCAGUAAUUAUCCGCCUGGAAAAAAGAUAUAUAUACUUCUGAAAGAGAUAAUAAUGCAAAGUGGGCUGCAGGAGAUUAUCUAAAGUGGUUUCUAAAUGUCAGACACUGAUUUUUUUUUCAAGAAGACUCCCACAGAUUUUCUCUAAUAGGCUGUCAGAUCGUAUCACAGAUGACACUGGGAAAGAAACACUUCCAAGUACUUUCGUCCUGUGACAGUUUCUACCAAACCAGGAGCGACAGGACUGAAAUUCUGAUUUUUUUCUGUGGCCCAGUAUGACACCUUCUUGGUCUCAAGAGGGUCUUAGAUACUGUAUUUAAUUAAAAAUAUUUUAAUCUAUAUUGGAUGCCUCUGUUGUGGUGGAGAAGCUUUAGUACAUCAUGGGUUUUGUCUUUCUGCUAGGAUGGGAGAAAUGGAAUGUAAAGUGAACACUGUAAAGCAGGGAAGGCUUUAUGUGCAUGUUAUGUGGCACAGCAUUCUUCAGCAAAAAAGUAUGGAUCAGGAAGGACAACAUUAAAGAAAACAAAGGAACACAAGCACAAGGCCUUCAGCUGGACUGCAUUCUCAGCUUUUUCACUUUAUGCUGACUGUCAUAAAAUGCUACUGCUGGCAGCAUGCAAGUUGCUGAGAUUGCCUACAAGUCCAGUAAAGGCUAAAGGUGUCACUGCAUGAGCCAAACAAACUGAGAAACUACGUCAUUCCCCAGGCAAACACUGGGUCUUUGUGGUAAAAAUGUGCCAAUGUCCAAGGUUGCUGUGUUGUUGCUGAGGGUAUGAUGUUUGCAUAACAGUCCCUGCGCUGCUCUUCCCUCCAGGAAAACUGACCUGCAAUAUGGAAUAUGGGGGGAGAGAAUAAAACAAAUAAUCAACCUCCCUGGGUCUGGGGAAUAGCUGGAGCAUGGUUUCAUGUAAACUGGAGCGCUAAUGCACUAUUUAUACAGCAUCAGUAUUUUUCACAGAAAAAUUUUGCUAAGCAACUGAGAAGUUUGUAUGUCAUUGCCAUGUGGGUGGAUGUUUCAAUGGAAUUUUGGUGGAAAAUUUGGCUUGCAGUUGUGCACCUCAAUGUGGGCAUAUUUUGUCUGAUGACCAUCAUUCUCACGCAUACACUGGGUUACAGAACAUCAGAGCUUGCUGUUUUAUUAACCCUGAUGCUGUAGCAUCACAUGUUGCCUUUCCACAUACUAACUGGAAAAGGAAAAUAUGUUUCCAUGCUAAAUUUUCCAGUGAGGAAGAGCAGUGUAACACUUAUGAAGCCACAGAAAUGAUACCAGCUCAUGCCAAUUAAAGAUCUGUUGCAUUGUUUCUGUA